CGAUGUCGAUGGAUGUGCUUUGCUUUCGCUUCUACUAUUUUUAAAAUGAUAUCGAAAUAAUCUGAAUUAAACGGUGGUGAUCAGUGAAAUACACUACAUAGUUCAUUUAUAAUUAAAGUUACAGUUAAUUUGAUUUCCUAUAAGAUUUAACUCAGUUUAUGUGGUCGCGUAGUCAAGUGCCCUACAUUUCAACACUUUUUAUUCAAAUGGAAGAGAAUUGUGUACAUAUAGUGUUUCUGUUUAAGGGAGUGACUUAAUGUUAGGUUUGGGAUGGAAUAUUUGUUUAGGAUAUCGUCAGGUCGGUUAGGCAUUAAUUGAGAAACUCUUGUUAUGUAUACUUUAGUAGAGAUAGCUCUUAGUGUAGGGGUGCUUGUGACUCUCGUUACAGCACUCGCAGUAUGUGUCUGUGGCUGCAAGAAUUCCAAUCAAAAAAGUGAGUUGGUUGGUAUGGCCGGUGUGGUCAAAAUACAUUUUGAUGAGGAGGCCCCGUCUCCGACGCCUACCACUCCGGCCUCUAUCAAGCGGGCGUCUACGCAGAACAGUCAGCGAAGUUUGCCAGAAAUACCACACCCAGUGGGGAGACCCGACAGCGGCGACACUGCUUCAGAAAUAUAUGCCACCGUGAAUUUGGAUGAAGGUAAUAAAACAGUAGCGACUGCAUCUACGAGCCGAGACCACCCCUACGAACAUGCCUACGCUAAAGUACAGAAUGAAAGCCAUAAUAUUCUUGUUGAAGUAACUACGGAUCAAACACCUGAACGAGAAAUUCAAAUCGAUGAGCGGGAAGUUGGACAAAAUCCAGCAGAAUCGGUGGUAAUAUCGGCGUCUGUGGCGAUAAGUGGGCAACUGCCUUCGAGUCAAGAGCUUCCGUACAUCACGCCGCCCUCUCCUCGACCGAACACUGACAACACUACACACUUUAGCGGAGAUUCCACUGAUUCAGCAAAGGGCUACACAAGCAUCUCAGUACGCGAACCACUGAGUAACAUUCGCGCUCAAAGUAGCAAGCCGCCUUCACAACCCCACUAUGCCACUGUAUCUGAUGAUUCCGACGAGAUGUACGCAGCGAUCGAGGAGCCGAGCGUUGGCGAAGGUUCGGACACGUACGCGCAGAUUGCAACCGAACCGCGUCGUAGGGACCCCACGCCAGAUCUACUGCACACCGACCCCACUCACGUUGCUAGACGAAGUGCUCCACCAGACGUCGGUGCAUCAACGUCAAAUGCUACGCACUCUAGACAAGCGUCUUCUUCAUCAUGCUCGAACUCGACGGGCGCACUGGGCUCUCCGAAACCAGAGAAGCGUCAGGCCAACUCUCCGCUACCCCCGCCACCGCACGUCGGCUCGCACGGGGGCACGCACGUCAGCUCGCACGUGACGUCACAUGUCACGUCGCACGUCACGUCGCACGUCACGGUGCACGCGGCCGCGCACUCGCACGCGGCGCCGCACAGCGCGUCACAUCCCGCGCCGCACGCGACGUCACACGCCGCGCCGCGACAGCCCGCCAUAGAACAGGCCCUCGCACAGCGACACCAACGGAUGUCAAGUACAGGUGACCUACAUUUCAACCAUGACAAGUUACGGCGGAGUCUCAACGAGAAACACCAACGAAACAAUAGUUGCGUAAGCUCAUCUGAUUUCUACGGCUGCAAUUACCCCGUAGAGAAACAUCGCUUUAGUUCUGGGGACUUGAUAAGACCUCUUGUUGCCAGAGAACUUAACUUUGAUAUCGACCAGCGCGAUGGUCAAGCCGAUAACCUUUACAACUCUAUCGAUGGCCCAGGCUACAGUGACUACUCCUCGGCAGAUGCUAACACCAGUUUGAAUUCAGAUCAUCGCGUAACUGAAAGUCCUUCCCGCAAUGUUGAAGAAAUGUAUGCUAAAGUUAUGAAGAAAGCUAAAGGCAGAACUGAAGAGUCCGUAAGGCGUUCAAAAGAUUUCACAGGAACUGAUGGCGAGCCACACACAUCGAAGUUCCGAGGAGAUGAUCCCGGUUAUGAGACCAUCGAUCGGAAAAAGUCAAUAAACCAUGGAUAUGAGACUAUCGCGCAUAAAGAGCGAAAAUCAUCACAAAGUCAAGAUCCAGGAUACGAAACUGUCAAAGACAUAAACAAAGCAGGUCCUACCUCAAACUUUACAAACAACAAUUUACUGAAGCUGAAUCACCUGGCUAUGGACAGUGGACCUAAUAGCAUUGUAAGCAGUGACGCGGGGUAUGAGCAUAUUUCUAAGACUGAUAACAAUGCUUCCGAUUCAGACCCCAACUAUGAAGUGCUGAGGAACCAGCCGCCCACACCACCUUAUGCAACGAUUGCACCGAACUACAAAGUACAGCCAACAUACUCCACAGUAAACAAAAAGCCCAAUAAGUACAACAAUUGGCCUGCUAAUAAUAACGAUGAACCCACCUUAGAACCAAAUUACGAGUCUAUGCCGCAUGAUCCCCUGUACAACACUGGCAGUGAAUCGGAUCCCAAUUAUGAAUCCGUUCGACCCAAAGAUCCUAAUUAUGAGAGUGUGAGUACACAAGAUCCGAACUACGAGUCAUUAAGGUGUAAGGAUCCGAAGUACGAGUCGGUUCGGUCGAAAGACUCAAAGUAUGAUUCAGUGCGCUCUAAAAAGGAUCCGAAUUACGAAAGCGUAAAGUACUUUGAGCUGUCAAAGAAAGAGCCACCUUAUGAAAAAGUCAACAAUGAAGCGUCAGGGAGCGCCAAUGUGGAGAGGUCAGACUCGGCGGCGGGAUAUGAGAAAAUUAACGUACCAAACAGAAGCGAGCCGAAAAGCAGUAUUAAUAACGGCGGCGACGCCACCGUUAGUGAUUACUUUCAAGUGUAAAUGUGUAAAACAAGAAUAUUAUAUAUGACUUUGUUUAUGAACAAUGUAACAGGAAAUUGAGCUAUAAACAUGAAUAUUUUAUUAACAGUAUUCACGUAGGAUUUUGAGAUUGAGUGCUUUUUAUUUAUUUAUUAAAAUAUUUUAGGGACUGUUUACAGCACCUCAAUGUUAGAUAUAAUAAGUAAUAUCUUCCUUAGGUAUCUGUGAUAUAAUAUGUAUGUUAUAAAAUUUUUGAUUUUUGUUUUUAUUUCCAUAAGAUUUUUAUAUGAGCAUUGAUAGACAUUAUGUUAUUCUGAAGACGAGAAUAAUUUGUUACGAAAUCUCCAUUUCUUAAUGUGUUCAUAAGUGUGAUUAUUUUCUACACUUUGAUAUUAUGCUGAUGAAAUGAAUGCGUGUGUUGUAAAUUGCAUGUACAAAAUGUAGAUUGUACAUAUUUUUUUAAUUUUAGGUAAUUUAUGACUAACUUUAUUAUGAACUCUUUUUUAUUAUAGAGUGGAUUGACUUCGCGUUGGUCACGGUUGUCUUUGGGAGUAUGUAACUCGUUUUAUAUGAAGGAGCGUACAAACUGGUUAAUAAAAAGGUGUCGUAAACUAGAAAUUGAAAAUGUCGAACUAACAAAUUGUUUUACUAACACUUGAGUUUUUCUAUUUUUAAGUUUUAAUUUUUAAAUGUCAUUCCAGUCAGUAUGUGGUGCUUUGAUUUAACCAACGAACGGUACUAUAAGUUUAAUAUAAAUUAAGUAAUUACUUAACUGAUUCUAAGACAAGGAGUUUAUACAUUCAUCGAUUUUUUUUCUAUUAUAGUCAUUAGACAAUGAAUUCAGAAAAUUGUAUUUUUUUUUUGUGUGUCUGUAUUUUUGUUAGUACUUGAAGUAAUUUUACAUGUUUUAUGAAUUUUGGUAAAUAUUUGAUGAAUUGUGUUAAGUUUCUAACUUAUACCAAAGUACAGACAUUCUGUACACGACACCUAUUUAUUACACCUGUUUAGAUGGAUGAAUAUCAAGUAAUGGAGCCUGCAUUUUAGCCUAAGACUGCCUUAUGAGUUUUGAUUAUAAAUAUAUUAUUAAUAAUUUAUAUAAAAUGUAACAUCAACGAAUUCAAUUGAACAUCUUAAAAACAUCAGCAAUUUAUUUGAAUUGUAACAUAAGUUUAAAACGUUUUGUUUUAUUUUUUGUUGUUAAUUUUGUUUUUAACUUACUGUUGUAACAAAAAAUGUACUAGAUAACAUUUUAGUCUUUUGUCCAUGUUAAAACAUGAUAAUAGACAAACGAUUUUAGAAAGAAGUACGAAGUAUAAUAUUAAUACCAAUACACAAAUAUGGGGUAUUUUUUGUAGUUUGUUUGCUGUUUGAUAAGAUUAUUAUGUACCUGAGAAUAUUAAUUUACGAUCAUCCUCUGUCCAACAAUUUAUAGUAAUGUAUGUGAAUGCAUCCAAGUGAUAGUCUUUUGGCGCAUAGUACGGCUGGUACUAAUGUGUUCAUUUAGUAGUAUUGGUUCAGACAAGUGAUGUUCAUAUCACUCGUAGAAUUUGUGGUCCUCUGCCGAAAAUACCUGAUGCAUUCCAGUACUAUUUACAUCGACCAUCCAUUUACAUUAUAAUAUGUAACAUUGUGCCCUAAUAUGAGCUUUCCAAAAACGUUCCACCUUAGUAUUACAAUUUAUUUCAAACAUUUUGUCACAAUUCCAAACUACAGACUGUUAUUACUAUCUUAAAUCAUUGUUUUUCCAUAUACUAUUAUUAUCAUAAACUAAGUAGGCAUAUUAUGUAUUGAUACCUAAUUUUAAACUUUAAAGAUUAUUUUACUCAGCCUGUAUUACAACAUGUACUGCAUUAUAAUUUUAGUAAUCUAAAGCACAAUUUACAAUGUAACUUCACGUAUCGAUUGACUGUAAUAUUAUUGUACUUAUCUAUAUACUUAGUAAAACUUGAAUAUAAUAAUAUGUAUCAUGAUUAGCAUCUGUUUAAUAUUCAAACAAACUCGAAAACAUUCCAUCAUAUAAUAGAUGCAGUGAAUAAACUACCUAUAUUUAAUGGAAUAAAGUAUG